CGACCUUCAGGUAGUGCUGGGUAAUCCUGUUAGCUCCAGGCAACCUAUGCGGAAAUCCCAGCAGAACUGUGCUGGCUGUGCCGCACUCUGGAUCUCUACGCCACCGGCAUGCAGAAACACCUGUAGACACGCAGGAUGUUUAACUGGGUGGUGAAAGUGGUUCCCCAACUCCCGUCAUCUGAAGGGACGGAUAACGGUGUGAAAACAUCUGCUCCCAGAGUGAAGAGCCCUCCACAGAAAAACGUAGAAGAGGAUUCACAGGACAGCCAGAACCACACUGGAGUUUUAGGCUGGCUGUCAAAUGGCUUCGUCAGCGCCAUGCCUCAGCCGACCGGCUCCCCUCGACUCAGCCGGUCCGACUCUGAAAGGAUGGGGGAAAGUGAAGAAAGGUCUGGAGUGAUGGGCUGGGUCGCUCAGGGCCUGACAAAGGUGUUGCCUCAGCCUGAUGACAAGUAUAAAGAGAUUGAGGACACUCAGGAGCACACUGAGAUCUACGAGGCAGCAACAAUGCCAGAUUUUGAUCCCCUCCCUCACAUUCCUGUAGUGGAGAUGGAGUCAGAGGAUGAAGAAGAGCCUGAGACUCCUCAAUUUCUUCCUAACGUUGUGAACUGGAUAAAGCAAAUGGUCCCUCAACCCCUUAUACUGCCCCCUGGUGCCGUACCCUUAGAACAAUCAACCAAGUCCUCCCGCUCUUCUCUGGACAAAAUCUUGUCUCCACCAUCUGAGUCUCUCAGUGGAAUCUCAUUGGAUACUGAUGGCAAGGCCCCAAGUAUGGUUGGCUGGUUCAUGACAGGCCUGGGCCUGAAGAUCCCUCAGCCUGCCGUUCAAACCAAAGAUGAUGCUCAGGGUGUAGCUGAAGUUUUAAAGAAAGCUUCAUCCAAACUCAGGCCUGACAUGGUACUAGAAGACGUGGACUCAGACAACGAGGCGCCGCAGAAACAUAAAGAUCCUGCCACAGUCGCAGCCCCUAACCCAUCAGUGACUACAUCAUCAACAAACACACAGCAGACACAGUCCAAGCCAGAGCCAGAGCCUGAGCCUGAUCUAACACCUUCAGACAGCGGGACAAAAUCUCAAGAAGAUGCUGAGACCCAGACGGGCCGCUGGACGCCGUUCAUUGAAAACAUCAAGAAGGAGGCCGAAGGUGUAGCUAUGGCAAGCAUGGAGCAACGUCUGCUGCAGGAGCGCUCAGAGAUGGUGCUUAUAGCUGAGGAGGUGGCAAGGACCACAGCUGAGAAUGCCAUUAGACAGAUGGCCAGUGAGUCCAUCAAACUCUCCCUGGGGAGUCAAGACCUCCUGGAUGAGGAGGAUGAGGAGCCUGAUGCUGAGUUGCAAGAUCAACAAGAAGAGGAGAACGAAGUGGACCAUCAAGGAACACAAAAGGAGCAGAGCAUUUCUGAGGAGGCCGAGGAACCGACCAUUAAGGAACCAGAGCCAAAGGAGCAAGCGAAGCCACAGCGGUCGUCCCCCUCCCCACCUCCAAAACCUGAACCAGUUAAGAUCCAAGAGCCUGAGUCAGAGCCAGAGUCGGAGCCAGAGUCGGAGCCAGAGUCCGAGCCAGAGUCCGAGCCAGAGUCCGAGCCAGAACCAGAACCAGAACCAAAGACCCGGGAAACCAACUCAGGAGCUGAGCCCAUCACCCAGCAGCCGCAGAGGGCAAAGGAAGACGAUCAAAGCAACAACGCUGACAACGCUGCUGAAAAAGAGGAAGCUACUGAGGACAGCUGUGGUGCUCCAGUCAGCUGUGAUGCAUUUAAGAGCUGCCUGAUGCGCCUUCCUCAAACCUCCGAGUGCCUGGGCAACAUCAACGCGUUCUUCAAAGAGAACGGCAUCUCCAUUCCCAAAAUACCCCCCAUGCCUAAUCUACCCACCCAGCUCUCUGACGUUACCAACUACUUACCCUCCCUCCCCCCUGAGUUGCGCCAAGAGCUCUCCCAGAUCCGACUCACCCAGGUCCCCCGAAAUAUCGCCCAGACUCUGACCGAGCUUUUGCCCAAAAACUCUGACGGUUCAGUGGGCCCAGAUCUGUCCACCUUAUGCCUCAAGAUGCCUAAGAAACAACAACAACAACAACAACAACAACAACAACAACAGCAAAAACAGAAGCAAGACAAGAAUCAGCAUGACGUGGAACUGAACCGGCUCGUCCGGCCCUCCCCUCUCUCUCCCGCUCAUCUCCGGUCCCCCUCCCCGUCUCCAUCCUCCCUCAACGGCAGCACCCUCGAAUUGCCCAAUGUGCCAUCCUACCCGCGCCUGCCGCCAAUCGUCAGCCCCCCCUCAAAGCAGCUCAACUCAGUGUCCCGCCAGCUCUCAGGUCUCUCUAACCCGGCGUUCUUCAUAGAAGACGACUCAGACAUUCCAGCAAUAAGACCUGCAGAAAGCUCUAGCCUCAGCCUUCGGCCAGCUGUCAAUGUAGAAGAUGUCGACUCCGACCAUGAGAGAGGAGGUGAAGGAGGAGGUGGGGAGGGUCAGAGCUAUAUCCCCCAAAUCCUCGGCCCCCAGGACCCCAAAAUCACAACCCUCACUGUCCCUGUGACCCCUUCAGGAUGUCGCCAAAGCAAAGGAGACAAAGACAGUGGGAGGAGUCGUAGGAGUAUAUGGACUAAGAUUAGGACCCUUCACUCUCAAAGUGAAGAUGAUGAUGAAGAAGGAAGCACCCACGUCAGAGCCUGGCCCAGCCAGUCCAGCCUGCACAGCUCAGAAGACAUAAUGAGAGAGCGGCCAGCAUCGUCAGCCAGUCAGACCAGUACGGUGGUGAACGAGCGUCUCCAGGAGCUGGUCCGGAUGUUUAAAGACAGAACGGAGAAGGCGAAGGAGAAACUCAUAGACCUGGACAGCUCUGAUGAAGACAGCAUCGACCCCUCUCCUCCUCAGACUUCGACUGCUCAGCCUGUGGUCGGAGGAGAGAAGGAGGAAGAGGCAGGCCCCUCAGGAGGAGGAGGAGGAGGAGGAGGAGUGGAGAGUGGAGUGGAGGAGCAGCAGUCUGGCCGCUGCUGCAAGGUGAAAGCUCCUCGGUGGAUACUCGCUUGUGUGCACUACCGCUUCCCUGCCAGCAUCGACCCUUUCACCAACUUGAUGUACGUGCUGUGGAUGUUUUUGGUCUCUUUUGCGUGGAACUGGAACGCUUGGUUCAUCCCGGUGCGCUGGGCCUUCCCCUACCAGACCCCCGACAACAUUUACUACUGGCUGCUGACCGACUACCUGUGUGACCUCAUCUAUAUCCUGGACAUGACCAUCUUCCAGCCGCGCCUGCAGUUCGUCCGUGGAGGAGACAUAGUGUGUGACAAAAAAGAGAUGAGAAAGAAUUACAUGAAAACCAAACGCUUCAAGUUUGACUUAGCCAGCCUUGUUCCCCUGGAGAUCUUCUAUUUUAAAACUGGCAUCAACCCUCUGCUUCGUUUACCCCGGUUACUGAAGAUAAACUCCUUCUUUGAGUUCAACGAGCGUCUAGAGGCCAUCUUGACCAAAGCCUACAUCUACAGGGUGAUCCGCACCACCACCUACCUUCUCUACUGUCUCCACUGUAAUGCCUGCCUGUACUACUGGGGCUCUGCCUACACAGGGCUGGGCUCCACACAGUGGGUGUACAACGGCAAAGGCAACAGUUACAUUCGCUGUUACUACUUUGCUGUGAAGACCCUGAUCACCAUUGGUGGUCUGCCGGACCCCACCACCCUGUUCGAGAUUGUCUUUCAACUCAUCAACUACUUUGUUGGAGUCUUUGCCUUCUCAAUCAUGAUUGGACAGAUGCGUGAUGUGGUCGGUGCAGCCACUUCAGGUCAGACUUACUACCGCACAUGUAUGGACAACACCAUUAAAUACAUGUCCUCAUAUCGCAUCCCCAAAGACGUGCAGAACCGUGUCAAAACCUGGUACAACUACACCUGGCAAUCACAAGGCAUGCUGGAUGAGCAGGAGCUGCUGACUCAGCUGCCAGAUAAAAUGCGUCUGGACAUCGCUAUAGAUGUCAACUACUCCAUCGUCAGCAAAGUCGCUCUUUUUCAGGGUUGUGACAGACAGAUGAUCUUCGACAUGCUGAAAAGCCUUCGCUCAGUUGUCUACCUGCCUGGGGAUUAUGUCUGCAAAAAGGGGGAGGUGGGUCGUGAGAUGUACAUCAUAAAGGCGGGGGAGGUGCAGGUGGUCGGGGGACCGGAUGGAAGGACCGUGUUUGUCACUCUCAGAGCGGGAUCAGUCUUCGGGGAGAUCAGUUUGCUUGCAGUGGGUGGGGGUAACCGGCGCACAGCAAAUGUUAUCGCUCAUGGAUUUGCCAACCUCUUCAUCCUGGACAAGAAAGACCUGAAUGAGAUCCUGGUGCACUACCCAGAGUCCAAGAAACUGCUCCGCAAGAAGGCCAGGAAGAUGCUUACCAAGGGAAAGAAACCUGAGCCCAAAGAGCCUAAAGGUCCCCCUCAGGCCCCGGCAGCCCCUGUAAGACCGGAAACCCCCAAACUGCUGAGAGCAGCCCUGGAGAUGGCAGAGAGAUCCACAGGACUUAAAGGGGCUCUGGCUAAAGUCAAAGAGAAGACCAACAAGUCCAGUGUCUCAUUACAGCCCUCCGUCUGCUCCUCCCUGCCUCCUCCAUCUCCCUCCUGCAGCUCCGGCCCUGACAGAGACGAGGACACACCGUCACCUCUCUCCACUAGCUCUGCUACAUUUCGCUCUGCCUCCCGUUGCUGCAACAACAACAACAACUCUGCAAUGCCUCGCUCUGCGUCACAGUGCCACGGCGAUUCGGAGGAAAUGCUCACAAUGGACCAAGGAGAGGAGAGUGUGAGCGAAACUGAAGGGAACGAGGGUGGGAAGAGGAAAGAAAAAAAGUUGUGAUAAUUAUUUAAAGGACAAAGCAAGAACUGAAUAACAAUCCUGAAUAGGAGAGGGGAAAUUGGUGUGAUGGAAAUAGAGAUCGCUUUAAAGGGGCCCUAUCAUGCAUUUAUGAGCUCUGGUUUCAGACAGAGGGUGAAAAGAGGUGCUGCAGCACAGGCAGUGUGAUGAAAAUAAAGAGCUUUUUGAACAUUAAAGCAUGGAGACAUGUCACAGUAGAGGCUCAAAAUACAAACAUCAACCUAAAAAUGAGCAAAAUAGGGACUCUUCAAAGGGAAAAAUAGAGGAAUAUAUGACAUAAACUGACAGAAUGGCGGUAAUAAAGAGAGAGAGAAGUGUUGUAAAUGAACAUGUACAAAACUGUCACGUCUUGAUGUCAGCCUCAUCUGCUAGUGGGAGUUGUGUGGGACAAAAAUAUUAAGGUAAUACUGUAUUCUUCUCUGACCUACAAUGUGUACAGUUUAGACUUGUUGCCUGCUAUAUUUUGACUUUUGUGUCAAAUGUCAUCGACCCUGUUUCUCUAUUAGUUGCUUUUUUAGUUUUUUAUCAACCUCCACACACUGUGUUCAUAUGUAUUCUUGUCAUUAUAAGAUCACCAAACGUAGGAGCAAGCCUUCCCCACCUCUUCAGACUUAAAGCACAUUUUCAUAAUCUUCUCUGAGUUUACAGUACAGAUUUCAAUGUAGCUAUUCUUUUACUUCUUGCUACAUCUUGUCUUUCUGAUACAAAUGUUUUUGCUGUUGUUGUCCGCUGACUGUUCACAGAUUAUUUUGUGAAUUUGAAAGAACAAUCUGCCUUAUCUGUGUUGUUAUUUACAUUUGUGUUGUGUUGUGUGAGUAGCUUGCUCUGCUGAUGUUUUCACAAGUUGGUUUGAACAGCAGAGACCUAGUGAAACUGUAUUUCAGGUUUUAACAUGAUCAUCAUGUUUUUAUUGUUUAUUUUGUACAAUAUUGUAUAUAUAUAUAUUAUAUAUAUAUGUUUUUGGAAAUGUAGCUGAAUCACAUUUCAAUGUAAAUUCACUGCAGUGUCACAACAUGUACAUAGAUUCUGAUAAUAGUAAAUGUUUAAUCUGUGCUGUAUAGCACACAUUUCUUUGUGUGAUUGUUAAGUUAUUGAUAGAGCCUCAGGAAUGGGGCCGUAAACCAGCUAACCAUACUGCCAGACAAUCUGUAGAAAGAAUUAUAAAUGUAUCGUUUGCAGUGUGUGUGUGGUUGUGUGUUUGUGGGGUGAGAGACGAGUGCAUAAUGGACUCAAAUUAGUGUAUGAUAAUGCCCUCGAUUUUGUCACUGAUGUGUCCCUGUCUUUUGUGAAUAAAUGACCUGUUUCUGCA